AUCAGUCGCAUUACUGGGUCGGAUUAUAUCCAGUUAGACAGUUAACUGGCAGAGUUAAGACGCGGAACAGAAACCGGCCAACAUGAGGAUUUUGCGAGCUUUACUGAGCAACGCCGCCAUCGGGAAACAUGUUGAUUUCUAUUCGAGGUUCUCUCCGUCACCACUGUCAAUGAAACAGUUUUUGGAUUUUGGAUCGGAGAAUGCGUGCGAGAGAACGUCGUUUGUUUUCCUACGACAGGAACUUCCUGUGAGGCUGGCGAACAUCAUGAAAGAAAUUAACUUGUUACCGGAUAAUUUGCUAAGGACUCCCUCCGUUCGGCUGGUGCAGAGCUGGUACAUGCAAAGUUUCGAAGAGAUCCUGGAGUUUAAGGACAAAAACGCAGACGAUGAAACAGUCACAUCUGACUUUACAGACACGGUCAUAAAGAUCCGUAACCGGCACAAUGACGUGGUUCCGACCAUGGCCCAGGGAGUGGUGGAGUAUAAAGAAGCCUAUGGUACCGACCCAAUCACCAGCCAGAACAUGCAGUAUUUCCUGGACCGCUUCUACAUGAGUCGUAUAUCUAUCAGAAUGUUACUCAACCAGCACACUCUCUUGUUUGGAGGGAAAGUGCGGAUGAACCCUGCUCACCCCAAACAGAUCGGCAGCAUUGACCCCCACUGUCAGGUCACUGAUGUGGUGAAAGAUGCAUAUGAAAACGCCAGGAAUCUCUGCGAUCGAUACUAUAUGAACUCACCUGAGCUCAUACUGGAGGCAUUCAACGUGAAAGAGUCAAACAAACCCGUUGCUGUGGUUUAUGUACCAUCUCAUUUGUACCACAUGGUCUUUGAACUGUUCAAGAAUGCUAUGAGGGCCACCAUGGAGUUGUAUGGAGAUGCCAUGGAGUACCCACCGAUUCAAGUUCAGGUCGCCCUGGGCAGCGAGGAUCUGACCGUGAAGGUGAGCGAUCGCGGGGGUGGAGUUCCACUGAGAAAGAUUGACAGACUGUUUACCUACACCUACUCCACUGCACCACUUCCCCAGAUGGACACAGCCCGCGCUGCACCACUGGCUGGGUAUGGCUAUGGUCUGCCGAUCUCCAGACUGUAUGCGCGGUAUUUCCAGGGCGACCUGAAACUCUAUUCCCUGGAGGGCUACGGGACAGACGCCGUUAUUUACAUUAGAGCUUUGUCCUCAGAGUCGAUUGAGAGGUUGCCUGUGUACAACAAGUCGGCAUGGAAACAUUACAGGACGAUCCAUGAGGCCGAUGACUGGUGUGUGCCAAGCAAAGAACCCAAAGACAUGACCACCUUUCGCAGCUUUUAGGUCUGAGUUCACGCCUGUGUUCAGGCGUUCGGGAUGCUUAUCUCGAUGGCGUGAUGAUUUGGUUGAAGAGACUACUCUACCAUAUGGAGCCAGAGGGCUAAACCUUUCGGGCAUUUAAGAGUUGUGUUUAAAAAAAUAGCUCAAGUUUACUCUGAGGUUGUAGUGCCAUGUAGAGGCCCUGCCGUGUCAGCGUAGGUCAAAUCGCCUGCUUUAUUACAAAUGAACUUUCCUGAAAACGGCUUUCAAUGCCUUACUGGUAUUUGCUGAGCUUUGGACAACAGUCUUUGUGUUUGAUUUUUAUGUCAAUCCUGCAACAAAAUGAGG